AUGUUUGCUGCUGCUACCAAGAGCUUUGUCAAGCAAGUCGGAAAUGGAGGGAGAUUAGUUCCUGUUCCAAGCCUCAGUGAGGCUGACAAAUACCAACCUCUAAGUCUGGUGGUAAAAAAGAAGCGAUGCUUUUUCUUUCCCAGAUAUAAAUUUACUUCAACACCUUUUACACUGAAAGAUAUUCUUCUAGGAGACAGAGAAAUUUCAGCGGGGAUUUCAUCUUAUCAGUUACUGAAUUAUGAAGAUGAAUCAGAUGUUUCACUCUAUGGAAGGCGAGGCAACCAUAUUGUGAAUGAUGUUGGAAUUAACGUUACUGGAUCAGAUUCUGUUGCAGUUAAAGCUUCAUUUGGUGUGGUGACCAAACAUGAAGUGGAAGUGUCAACAUUACUCAAGGAAAUUACUACACGAAAAAUUAAUUUUGACCACAGCUUGAUACGUCAGACACGAAGCAGCAGAAAGGCAGUGCUGUGCGUGGUCAUGGAGAGCAUUCAAACCACACGACAGUGCUCGCUGUCUGUGCAUGCUGGAACCCGAGGGGAAGCCAUGCGGUUUCAUUUUAUGGAUGAGCAGAAUCCCAAGGGACGGGACAAAGCUAUUGUUUUUCCAGCACACACAACCAUAGCUUUCAGUGUUUUUGAACUCUUCAUUUACUUGGAUGGUGCCUUUGAUCUUUGUGUCACUUCAGUGUCAAAAGGAGGCUUUGAAAGGGAAGAAACCACAACGUUUGCAUUCCUCUACAGAUUGAGGAAUAUACUAUUUGAGAGAAAUAGAAGAGGGAUGGGUGCCAUUUCUCGUUCACAACUUUACUUAGAUGACCUUUUUUCUGACUACCAUGACAGACCUCUCAGCAUGACUGAUAUUUCUCUCAAAGAAGGGACUCAUAUCCGAGUUAACUUACUUAAUCACAACAUUCCCAAAGGACCUUGCAUACUCUGUGGGAUGGGAAACUUUAAAAGGGAGACGGUUUAUGGGUGCUUUCAGUGCUCGGUUGAUGGGCAGAAGUAUGUGAGACUUCAUGCAGUUCCUUGUUUUGAUGUUUGGCACAAAAGGAUGAAAUAAAACAAACAAC